UUGAUUGAAAAUUUUUUUUUUUCUUUGGAAAGAUAUCAGAAUGGGAAUGCGUCUGGAAAUCAAGCGCAAAUUGUUUGCCCGUUCAGAUCGCGUAAAAUGUGUAGAUUUCCAUCCGACAGAACCCUGGUUACUCGCAAGUUUGUAUAACGGUAAUGUGUACAUUUGGAAUUAUGAGACACAGGCUUUGGUAAAAACUUUCGAAGUUACAGAUGUUCCGGUUCGUGCUGCUAAAUUUAUUGCUCGCAAGAAUUGGCUAAUUACUGGAUCAGAUGAUAUGCAAAUACGUGUAUUUAAUUAUAAUACUCAUGAGAAAGUUACAACAUUUGAAGCUCAUCCUGAUUAUAUUCGAUGUAUUGCGGUACACCCUACUCAACCUUUUGUUUUAACCGGUUCAGAUGAUAUGACUGUCAAAUUAUGGGAUUGGGAAAAAGGAUGGAAGAACAUUCAGAUAUUUGAAGGUCAUACGCAUUAUGUCAUGAAUAUAAAUUUUAAUCCCAAAGACUCGAAUACUUUUGCUUCAGCUUGUUUAGAUCGUACAAUUAAAGUAUGGUCUCUUGGUUCUGCAGUGGCGAAUUUCACACUCGAAGGUCACGAAAAAGGAGUGAAUUGGGUUGAAUAUUAUCAUGGUGGCGAAAAGCCAUAUCUAGUAUCUGCUGCCGAUGAUAAACUUGUCAAGAUUUGGGAUUAUCAAAAUAAAACUUGUGUUCAAACUUUAGAAGGACAUACUCAGAAUGCUGCUUUUGCAUGUUUUCACCCAGGAUUACCCAUUAUUAUUUCUGGUAGUGAAGAUGGUACUGUUAAAAUUUGGCAUUCAAAUACAUAUCGUCUGGAAAACACUUUGAAUUAUGGUUUAGAACGUGCUUGGACUAUUGCCUACCAAAAAGGGAACAAUAAUGUCGCGUUUGGAUAUGAUGAAGGAGCUGUUUGCGUCAAGUUAGGACGUGAAGAACCAGCUGUUAGUAUGGAUAAUUCUGGAAAAAUAAUUUGGGCAAAACAUAACGAAAUUCAAACAGCUAAUAUUAAGGCUGGACAUGACGAUAAUAUUAAGGAUGGUGAUCGACUACCUUUACCCGUUAAAGAUUUAGGCAGCUGUGAAAUAUACCCCCAAACAUUGCAACAUAGUCCCAAUGGAAGAUUCGUUGUUGUAUGUGGUGAUGGUGAAUAUAUCAUUUACACGGCACUUGCUUGGAGAAACAAAGGGUUUGGUAAUGGUCUUGAAUUUGUAUGGGCUCUGGACUCAAACGAAUAUGCUGUAAGAGAAUCCACAACAAAAAUCAAACUUUACAAAAACUUUAAGGAAAGGCCGAAUUCUUUAAAAUUGAAUUUUACAGCUGAAGGAAUUUAUGGUGGAACCCUUUUAGGCGUAAAAAGUUCUAGUUUCUUAAAUUUAUAUGAUUGGGAAACAUGUUCUGUUGUUAGAAGAAUUGACGUUGUCCCAAAAAGCGUACAUUGGUCAGAUAUUGGUGAUCUUGUAACCAUAGCUUGUGAAGACACUUUCUAUGUUUUACGAUUUAACCGCCAAGCCUACACACAGUUCAUAGAAAGUGGCGGGGAAGUCAGCGAUGAAGGUGUUGAACAGGCAUUCGAGUUUGUAACAGAAAUUUCGGAGAGUAUCAAAACGGGAACAUGGGUUGGAGAUUGUUUCAUUUAUACGAAUGCUGUAAAUCGAUUGAAUUAUCUCGUUGGUGCUCAAACAUUCACUAUUAGUCACUUUGACACAAACAUGUAUUUAUUGGGUUACAUCCCAAAAGAUAAUCGUAUAUAUUUGGCCGAUAAGGAUGUUAACGUAUAUAGCUAUGCUCUUUCUUUGACCGUUAUUGAAUAUCAAACUGCUAUUCUUCGAAAUGAUCUUGAAACGGCAGAGCAGUUGUUGCCUACUGUACCUGCUGAACAACGGAAUCGUAUUGCGAGAUUUUUAGAAAGCCAAGACCUUAAAGAACUUGCUCUCGAAGUUUCAACUGAUAUUGAACAUAAAUUCGAGCUUGCUGUCCAACUCAACAAACUUGAUGUUGCUGUUGAAAUUGCACGCGAAGCCGAUACGGAAGCCAAGUGGAAGACUGUUGGAGAUUCUGCUUUAAGCGAUUGGAAGUUUUCUCUCGCUGAAGAAUGUCUCAAAAAAGCCAAAGAUUUGAGUGGGUUACUUUUGUUGUAUACCUCGUCCGGUAAUGCCAAAGGCAUUAGAGAAUUGGCUGAAUCAGCUGCUACGGAUGGCAAGAAUAAUGUUGCAUUUGCAUGUUAUUUACAACUCGGCCAAGUGGAAGAUUGUAUAGAAAUACUUAUAAAAACUGAUCGUAUUCCGGAAGCAGCAAUGUUUGCGCGAACUUAUCUUCCAAGUCAGGUUCCAAAAAUUGUUAAAUUAUGGAAAGAAAGUCUCGAGAAACAGAACAAAAAAAAGGCAGCUGAAGCUCUUGCAGAUCCAGCUGAUUAUGAAAAUCUAUUCCCAGAUUUCAAGCAUGCACUAAUUGCCGAGGAACUUUCAAAGAAAACUCGAAAUAUAUCUAUUCCGGCCACAUCUUACGCAGAAUAUAAAGAUUCGCUUGAUCAAGAUAUUAUUGCAGAAAUAAAAGAAAAAUAUCCUGAUGGAGUAUUACCAUCUAACUUAUCUCCUUUACACAAUCGUCUUGUGAACAGUAUAACAGCUAAAAAAAACGUGAAUGGCGAUAUGGAUGAUGAAGUAUCAGUUGAUGAUGAUCGUGAUAAUAUGAGCCUCUUGAGUAUGGAAGUAAACACAACAGGUACUGGGUCAGUUCGUGGAGAUGUUGAUUUUGAUGACGCUGCAUCAUUCGCAACAUCUGAACAUGAGCGUCCUAGUGAAAAUUUAGUUUCUGAAGAAAAGGAAUUGGAAGAGUUAGUCCAAUCUUGAUUAAACAUGAAUUCAUUAAGAAUUAACUAACAAUGUAAAUUAAAUUAUACUUUUUUUUUGGAUUUAUUGGAUAAUAAUUUAAUUAUUUUAUAUGAAUU